AUGCUGGGUCAGCUCGUCCAGCACAUCUAUAUUGGGUCGACAUCGAUCUAUGCCGAGCGUCCAGUGCUGGGUCUGAGUCACGGUUUUCAUUCAUACGAAGAGGCAUUUUCAAUUGUGCCCGAGAUCCAACGACGCCCCAGCGAUCACCCAUGCACACCACAUGGCUCACUGCUCUCACAUACGCUUGAGCGAGAUAUAGCUGAAGUAUGCGCCAUGCACGUGGGUUCCGAGGCCCCAAAUGGCACACGCACAGGCGGCAUCACGAUUCAGCAGCCGGGCCUUGAUUAUUUUGGCCACAUCAUACCUCGGUCUGAGUGGGUCAUGAGAGCAUUUGAAGCUCGCUCGCUCUUACUUUGGCUUCGGUUUCUUGUGCAUGAAGAGCGGGGGAAUCACAUUCGCCGAUGGCUCGCAAGCCCAUACAACGUCGAAGCGCACAAGUAUACAUUACGCGCGGAACAUCCUCAUGCGGUCCUACAAAUCGAAAAAUAUGAAGGCGUCCAUGAGAUCGAGCAUGAUGUAUUUGAACCUCGUCCUCUGCAUUCGCGCCCAGCAGGUAGUCGGCAUGAUCCUCUUGACUGGGAAGACGCGGGUGACAUGCUUUACGCACUGUCUCCAUCGGACGACGACGUGCACACUGCGCUGGUUUGGCGUGUGUUGCAAGAGUUUGACCCAUCGAACCUACCCCGCUGGUUGUGUGUGCUGAUAGCCAAGGCGCUAGCCUACGGCCGCUGGCUGGCGUUGUGCAGCAUAUGCGAUCGUUCAUAUCGCGCUGAGCCUGUCUUUACGCCGAUACCACUUCGACAUGGCGCAGCCUUUUUCCAGCACGACCGCUUCGAUGACCCGUAUCUGUUUGCACGAUCAGGUGCACUGCAUAUGAUCGGUAUGGGAGAUGUCCCCAACGACGUGUCCGACCCAAGGUCUGAAGAGGCAGAUUUGUGGGGCGCCACUCAGCAAAUCGGCACGUCCCUCAUGUGCACUUGGGAGCGCCGUCCCUUUGGCAUUGCCCUGCGUGAUUGGAAAGUACCUUUGAAAGAGACGCUGCCACAGCUUGACUCGGAGCUCCAGCUUGGCUCCGAGCCCCUACCAAUGCACACUCUCGGCUCGCUGCUUCAGAGUGUUCAUUCGCUUCUAGGUAUGCUUCCUCGCGUCGAGAACCUGGGUCUCUCUGGCGUUUUGGAGCGAGCUGUCGCUGGCUUUCGUCAGCCUGUAGAACUGCCUCAUCUCACAAGACUGUCUCUCGGUCCGCCACCCAUGUUUUGGGCACAUACACUCGUUUGGGGCGACGAGCAUCAUCGCACAUUCUCCCGCGUGAGACGUUUGUGCAUCACUGGUUGUAUGCUUCUCGCAUCGGAGGCCCAGGCAUUGGGUGGCGCGCAUGGCGCAUUGCCGAACCUAGAGAGCGUCGUAUGGUCUAUGCACAGAAGUACACUUGCGUAUGAGGCGCCGGCUAUCGUAGCUACGAUCGCAACGAUUCUUGCCAUCGAAAUCCCCGGCAAAACUUAUGCACCACCUCCUACCCAAAGGCGCAAAGGCGUCCAUCAUCUGCAUGUCGUACUUCACACUCAAGCAUACGAUGACGUGCGCCGCAUGGCGCCCACCUAUAUUAUGGAAGAUCCACGCCUUUCUUUCGGCAACGCAUCUGUUACUGCUCCGAAGCACGUGCACCCUGUAGUUACAGACUGGGCACAUACACAUUCUCAUCCCAUAUGUACAUCAGACACGAAAUAG